AGGGAAACACAAGGUGAGAGCAGAUUCCCCCGUACACUCAGACAGGGAAGAGUUUACACGGCUGCUCAUUCCGCCAAUGGGAGCACAGAACACCUCACUCUCGGCAGCCAAUCACAGCACAGCCGGCAGUGUAUAUAAAAGACGUGAGUCAACACCGGGCGUUGUAGUAUUAUUGAUUAAAGUUAAGUUCUGCAAACAUGGCGGAAACUGCCCCCGUCGCCGCCGCUGUUCCUCCAUCAGAGGUCGCAGCCAAAAAGAAGAGGCAGCCGAAGAAAGCAGCUGGAGGAGCAAAGAAGAGCGGCAAGUCUUCUGGACCCAGCGUCUCCGAGCUGAUCGUAAAAGCCGUGGCCGCCUCUAAAGAGCGCAGCGGGGUUUCUCUUGCCGCCCUGAAGAAGGCUCUGGCUGCCGGAGGCUACGAUGUGGAGAGGAACAACAGCCGCAUCAAAGUGGGGGUGAAAGGAUUAGUGACCAAAGGAACUCUCACCCAGGUGAAAGGUACCGGCGCUUCCGGCUCCUUCAAGCUCAAUAAGAAACAAGUGGAAAGCAAGAAGGCCGCCCAGAAGUCCCUGAAGCCCAAGAAGCCUGCAGCGAAGAAAGUGGCCAAAUCCCCGAAGAAGCCCAAGAAGGCUCCGAGUGCAGCCAAGACCCCGAAAAAGGUGAAGAAACCCGCUACAGCGGCUGCUGCCAAAAGCCCAAAGAAGCCUAUAGCCGUGAAGCCUAAGAAGGCGGCCAAGAGUCCCGCCAAGAAGGCGGCGAAGCCCAAAGCUGCCAAGUGUCCGGCCAAGAAGGCAGCGAAGCCAAAAGCCACAAAAAGCCCGGCCAAGAAGGCAGCUAAGGCUAAGAAAGCUGCGGCCAAGAAGUGAUUGUAAAGCCGCAGCCUCUCUUCCUUGUUAUCCCCCAAAGGCUCUUUUCAGAGCCACCCACCCUGUCUCGGCAGAGCUGUAGGCGCACGAUGUGAUCUAUUGGGGGACUAAAUAAAAACUGUAGUGAAGAAGUCGCUACAUGUGGCAGAAA